CGCUGACACGUCUCUUGGUCUUUCUUCGACCUCCAACUCCACACGCCACUCAAUGCGGAAACGACGUCCUUGACGACUCCUACACACCUUUUCUCAUGCAUUUCGGGCCAACAUAGCCCUCCUUUACGCCCCCCUCCCUCGAUGGUUUCCGACGACCCCGUCAGCCAUGGCCGGUGAUCACAAGGUCGGGCAGGAUUUCGACUUGUUCAGCCUGACAUUCCCUCUUCCCUACCGUGUCGGCUUUAUCCUCAUCCUCGGUGUAUGGGGCUGGGGCGUCAACCUCCAAUACCUGGAACGCGCCAAAAUCAACACCCCCUCGCUGAUCCAAUACCCCUCCCGAUCCUCGCCGACCCAACCCCCCCACCACCUCUCGACCUACCGCCUGGCCACCGUCCUCUCCAUCCUCUUCGCCUUCUCCCUCACCACCUUCUGGCUCUUCACCCGCGGCGUCCCCGACCUCGUCGUCCGCUAUGACUGGAUGCCCAUGACCUUCCUCGCCGCCCUGGCCGCCCUCUUCUUCGCCCCGCUGCGCGACCUCGCCCGCAACGGCCGCCGCCGCCUCCUCACCUCUCUCCGACGCGUCAGCAUCGGCGGCAUCGCCGAAGCCAACGACGGCAAGUUCGGCGACAUCCUCCUCGCCGACGCCCUGACCAGCUACGGCAAGGUGCUGGGCGACCUCUUCGUCGCCGUAUGCAUGUUCUUCUCGCCCUCCGCUUCCGCCACCGCCGCCCCGAACCGCAGCUGCGGCGGCCUCCUCGCCGUGCCCCUCGUCGUCGCCAUCCCCAGCGCCAUCCGGCUCCGCCAGUGUCUGAUCGAGUACCUCCGCGUAAAGAGGGCGCCUUACAGGGAAUCCUCCGGCUGGGGGGGCCAGCACCUCGCCAACGCGGCCAAGUACGCGACCACCUUCCCCGUUUUGGUUCUCGCGACGCUGCAGCGGCACCGCAGCCUCGCGGCGGGGGGGCCGCCGCCCAGCCCGGCCCUCGAUGCCGCCUGGGCCGCCGCCGCGCUGCUCAACUCGCUCUACUCGCUCUGGUGGGACGUCACGAAGGACUGGGACCUGACGCUGUUUUCGCCGGCGCGCCGCGGGGGAACCAGCUUGCGCGAGCAGCACCCUUACGGGCUGCGUGGUCGCUUGGCGUUCCGCCAGCCGGUCGUUUACUACGCCGUCAUCGCUCUCGACCUCGUCUUGCGCUGUACCUGGGCCACGAGGCUGAGUGGGCGCCUCGCCCCGCUGAACGACCGGGAGGGGUUCUUGUUUCUGCUGCAGCUGCUGGAGGUGUUCCGGCGGUGGGUCUGGAUCUUCUUCCGCGUCGAGGCGGAGUUUAUUAGGAAUUCUUCUUCCGCCGGCCUGGGCGUUGAUGACAUCUUGCUGGGCGACUAUAAGGAGGACUCGGAGGACGACGAUUUGUAAAGGAUUAAAUUAUUUAUCCUUUUUUUUUUUUUGUGUAUAAUAGAUCACAUCAUUCGACUGUUUACCACGCCGACUCGGAUUUUUGUACAAGCGACGGCAUGACUUGAUAAGGAGGGUAUCUCAACAUUAUGAAUAUACAAGGCGGAUGGAAUCGGCGCCGCCCAACGCCAAUGACAUUAUAAUUAGGUACAGGAAGGAAUAAAAACGGGGUAUCCCAAAACAGCCUCAAUGGUCCGGCUAUCAGGCCCAGCCAUCAGGUCCAGGGCAGCCAUGGCUGGCUGCCAGGCGUAUUAGGUGCGGUGAGCUUAUUCAGACAAACGGCCGGGUGGUUCCUCCGCUCCUUGUAGCC